GCUGUGCAAAUUCCGUCGCUUGUGUCAUCCGUGACCCACUCAGGUGCAGUCAGCGAAGGAUCAAUCGGACCAUAUUUGUGUUAAAAUACUUGUUUUCUAAUAAUUUUACAAAAUGUCUCGACCAGGAGAUAGACCUAAUCAAGCGCAGACGUAUAAACUAGUCGUCGUGGGGGGCGGUGGUGUUGGAAAAAGUGCUAUCACUAUACAAUUUAUCCAGAGCUAUUUCGUGACCGACUACGACCCUACGAUUGAAGACAGCUACACGAAGCAAUGCGUGAUAGACGAUAUUCCCGCGAAAUUGGACAUCCUGGAUACAGCGGGUCAGGAGGAGUUCUCCGCUAUGCGCGAACAAUACAUGCGCUCAGGCGAGGGCUUCCUUCUCGUGUUCUCUGUAGCUGAACACUCCAGCUUCGACGAGCUGUACAAGUUCCACAAGCAGAUCCUCCGUGUCAAGGACCGAGAUGAGUUCCCCAUGCUCAUGGUGGGGAAUAAAGCUGAUUUGGAGGCGCAGAGAGUGGUAUCACUAGAAGAGGCCCAAGCCCUCUCCCGCCAGCUCAAAGUCCCAUACAUCGAGUGCAGCGCCAAGGCCCGUAUGAACGUCGACCAGGCCUUCCACGAACUCGUACGCCUCGUCCGCCGGUUCCAGGAGGCCGAGAGAGUCCACAUCAAGGCCGAGCACGGCAGGAAGAGCAGAAAGUGCGCGAUUUUGUAACGUACGUAAGGUUUUGUGUUCAGAUGCUGUUAAGUCUUUGCUGGAAGUCAAGGUUAGAACACCAAUUAAUUGAGUACAGGUACGUUUGAGAUUGAAGUUAUUUUUUUUGUAAGUCAAUGCAGCCAAAUCCGUCUGCGGGAAAUUCCGUACACGAGCGUUUUUUUUUUUUUUUCUUUUUUUCAGCCGUAGGAAAUAGAGCACAUCUGCUUUUGACGUGCUCUGUCGAUGAAUUUAAUAAUCGUGUACUAUUAUUUGAUAAAAGGGCGCAUGUAAAAAAUGACCCGCAGACGGAUUUGGCCGCAUUGACCGUAUGUACAAUUACAUGUGGUAUUUUCUAUAAAAAGGGACCUUAUUGUCGAUGGCGCUUACGCCAUUGUAAACGAUGCUCCGAUAUAAAUACAAUGCCGCGCGACGCUGUGCGGCGUAAGCGCCAUCGACAAUAAGGUCCCUUUUCAUAGAAAAUGCCCCACAUGUUUAGAUUGUUUACAAUUUAAUUGUUUCAUUUGUGUACAAAAAUUGACAUACACUUAUAGGAUUAGAUUUCGUUACACAAAAAAUCAAUUAAAUUUUUAUGAAUGCCUUUAACUAUGUACAAUUCUUAAAGCCAAUUCUUUUUUUUAAGCAAUGUUGAGGCUCGGUGUUAUACGAAAGAUCGGUUCGAAAUGAAAACUUGUUUACUACUAAUUAAUCUUAUAUAAGAUUUAACAUAACAAAAUUCAAAUCAAUCUAACUGUGAAAGAAACGAUGAAAGAAAGAUCGUUAUUAAUUUACUUGAUGAUUGGCGAAGCUAAGACUUAACAGUAGAUAAUGAAUAAAUAAACUCUAGCUAGCUGUCAUGGUUGGCCUGAAAACCUUUGUUCAGGUUUAUGGAGUCACAUCUAUGACUGUCCAGUCAGUAUCAAAAGUUGCGAAUCAGACUACGCGCUAAAAGUAUUUACCAUUUAUUCAUAACCUUAAUUAAAAAAAAAACUUGACAAAAAGAGAUCUCUUUAUGUAGAACAUAUAUUACAAACACUUUUGAACACGAACUGUCAUGGAUAUAUCUCUGUUUGGAAAAGUAAUCGGGGGUGGCAGAUACUUUUGAAGCGUUGUUUCAUACGCUACUAUUGAUGUUGAAUGUACGCUAUAUCUACAGUCUGGCAAAAUAGAGUAGAAAUAAAAAAGUGGCAACACUAGUGUCGUCCCUUUCAAAUCAAUUUAAGAAAAACGGGACGAUACUACAGUGUUGCUUUUUUUAAUUUCUACUCUUUUGCCAGACUGUAGCUAAACAGAGCUGUACCUCCAAUAAUCUGAACAUCUAAAACAUAUUUUUAUAUCACAAUAUUUAAUAUUUAUUUUUUGUUCUCUGAGAUUCGUUUUUCUACUCUUUCUUUACAUUAUUUUUAUAGCAUAGACUAUUUAUGUCUAGGUAUUUAUUCUUAUUUUUUUAGGUUGUUCUUAAGCUUUAUUACGGAAUAGUUAUGAUUUGUUGGUGGAUGCAUUUAUUGUUUCAAAUAUUAGGAGUAAAAAAUAAUUACAAUGCAUCUGCUUUUUGUUGUUAUUUUUCCAUAUAUUAUUUAAGUGGUGCUAUAUUUCUUUUACUAGUGCCAUACUUCACAAUUUUUUACUAAGAGAAAAGAACACCAAAUAUCGCUUUAAAAUUAAGGCUUUAAUUUUAACAGUUAUUUUGCUGUAAUGUUAAUGUAUACGGCCAUUUAUAUACUUAAAUGAGUUUCAUUAUGAUAUUCAGAUUACUCAUCAUCAUCUUCCUCGCGUUGUCCCGGCAUUUUGCCACGGCUCCAUGGGAGCCUGGGGUCCGCUUGGCAACUAAUCCCAAGAAUUGGCGUAGGCACUAGUUUUUACGAAAGCGACUGCCAUCUGACCGUCCAACCCAGAGGGGAAAACUAGGCCUUGUCGGGAUUAGUCCGGUUUCCUCACGAUGUUUUCCUUCACCGAAAAGCGACUGGUAAAUAUCAAAUGAUAUUUCGUACAUAAGUUCCGAAAAACUCAUUGGUACGAGCCGGGGUUUGAACCCGCGACCUCCGGAUUGCAAGUCGCACGCUCUUACCGCUAGGCCACCAGCGCUCAGAUUACUUAUGAGUAAUUAAACUAUUUUAGUUCAUAAAAUGCUGGAUUUUUACCGCCGAAUUUAAGGUUGAAUGAGGCUUAUGUUUAUAAAAAAAAUAUAACUAUUGUGUAGCAAAAAUUUUACAUAAUAAUUUUUAUUACAAAAUUUCGUUACACAGUGGAACUUACUAAAUUUUAAACUAAGUAAGCCUUUGAUAUAGUAGUGUUUUUUUCUUCGUAUAAUUUCUAUCUUUUACUAACAAAUAAACUCGUAUAAUGGUCGUAUACAUCUAGCGCUAUAUGAAGACGGUGCUAACAUUAUCAACCUAGCUUAGCAGUAUAUCCUUAUACAUUUUUGAGUCAUUUUGUGGGAUUUGAUCCCAAUUAAUCACUGAAGAAGGGUAAAAUUUUGAAAAAAAAUUGAAAAUAGCAAGGACGGCCGGGCUAAAGCAACUAUUUAAACCACGUGAAAAAUAAGAGCUCCUCAUCUGUGACUUUUCAACCAAAAGGUACCACAUUGUCGGUUGUCGAUAAGGUUGAUUUCUAAUUGAAGCUAUAUGAUAAUAGCGCCUUACUGAUAAGCGACAAUAAGUACCCUUUUGGUUGAAAAUGGCACAUCUAGUGAUAAAUAACCUGAGCUACUUGGAAAAAAAACGUAACAUAGAGGGCGUUCCGACCAAUCGUAUUCGAGAAAUAACAAAUAGACGCAAUAAACCCAUAAAUUCUGUUUUUUAUUCCGUAGACUAAAAUGACAUUUCAUGUGGUACUAAGAAAUGUCAUGUCUUACAUAUGAAACGUCAUUUUAGUCUACGGAAUAAAAAAACAGACAGUAGUUGCAUUUACUCCUUAGUUUCAUGUCAAUCUAGGCGGCCUGGGCCAUUAGAAUAAAGAUGACUGUCGAUCACGUAACAAGAGUCUAAGGUAUUCUUUACUUUUACCUCCCUUGAUGUAUGUAAAUAACAAUUCUCACCCAUUAUUAAGUCGUAUUUAAUAAUAAGAAAAACAGUAACAAAACUAGGACGUUCUCCGAACGUUUGUAAACCAAAUACUAAUGUUUAUGUAUUUUGUUAUUAACAGUUUUUCGGUAUUUUAAUAUUAGCUAGCUGUAGUCUUGUAAUUCGAUGUUUAACGGCUGAAAAGGGACACUGUUUUCUUUUAACUGUCUUAUCUGAAUAAUUGAAUUAUUUUGAAAAUCCAGAAUAUAUUUUAAUAUUAGUGAGAACUUGAAAUGUGUUUGACGCGAACGACACAAGUCUAUUUUAUUUGUUUAAAAAUAUAUCUUAACGUGAUUUGGGGCAUUCCACGAGAAUGUCGCUUACGUAACACAAUUAUUCUAAUACUUCUGAAGAGGCUGAGAAAGCGAUAUUGGGUCUGGUAAUAUUUUAUGACUUGGCUAAUAAAUUGGCAGUAUAGGUAGGAGGUAGAAUAUACCUAUAUUCUCGAGCUUUAUGAAUUUCAUUGGAGUAGCUGCCAUACAAGGUAAAAGCGUUACGUAAGCGUAAUCCUCGUAGAAUGCCCCAUUUGUGUUUAUUUACUCAAAAAUAUGUGUCGUCUUCAAGCAAAAGGUACCACUUUGUCGCUUGCCAUAAGGACGCUCUGGCAGGUUAUUCGUAUAAAGAUACUAGCAAAUUUCGUCCUUAUGGUAAGCGACAAUGUGGUACCUUUUUAUUGAAAACGUCACAUAUUUAUAUUUAAAUCAUGGUAAUAUAUUUAAAAGAUCAGUGUCAAUUUUGAGCCAGCACAACAAUAAUUACAUAAUAGGAUGCACAUUAUGUAGUUGUUUUGUGAAGAGAUAUACAAUACAUAUAUUUUUGUAACGUUGUA